UUUAAUAUUUUUUGAGUUUAAUCAUCGUCAAAGUCAACAUUGACGGAACACAUUCUUUCAUUAAAUUAAAAGGGACGGUAUUUAAGAUAAUAUAAAUAUAACUUUAAACAUUACAUAAUGAGUAACGAAUUGUAGGACAUCUUUUUUCAACAUCAAACCAGCAAUAAUGUCGUCAAGAGGAGGAUUGCCACCUCGUUGGAAAAAUUGUCCAAGAUUCGGCGAAGUUGUCGCUAAUGUUUUCCUGCCGUUCAAGGUACCUCUUGACGAUUCUUAUAGUUCUCUAUUAGCUCCGAGUAUGUAUUUCACACCGACAAUGCUUGUUAAUUAUGGACGACAUAAUAAUAUAAACAUUGGUCUAUGGAUCGACCUGACAUUUACGGAUCGAUUUUAUGACAAAACAUUGGUGGAAAAAGAAAAAAUCGGCUACGUCAAAUUGAAAUGUAGAGGUCAUGCGGAAACACCAUCACCCGAUCAGACACAGACAUUUAUUGAUUUAUGCUCAAGAUUUUUGGUGAAAAAUCCCGAUAAAAUAAUCGCUGUUCAUUGUACGCAUGGUUUUAAUCGAACAGGAUUCUUAAUCUGCGCUUAUCUGGUAGAUCAAGAAAAUUGGAGCAUCGAAGCAGCUAUUAGUGCGUUUUCACGUUGCCGCCCUCCCGGGAUUUACAAGCAGGAUUACCUAAAUGAAUUGUUUCGUUUAUAUGGUGAUGGCGAUCAAACGGCUAUAAUUCUGGCACCACCCUUACCCGAAUGGUGUAAUGAAGACAAUCACUAUCAAGAUGAUGAAGCUUCUGUCAAUGAAUCAUACGGCCCAGGUUCAUCUUCAGCAAAUGGCAACCGGCAACAGACAAAAGUAGCUGAUCCAUUUCUUGAAGGUAUUGAUGGUAUUGUUAUGGUCUUUGAACAGGAUAAAAUCACAACCUUACGGGAAACCUGCACGGAUAUGUGCAAAUUUAAAUUGAAAGGUUUUCCUGGUUGUCAGCCUGUUUCAUUAACACAUCAGAAUUUAAAUUUUCUACAAGAAGAAUAUAUGGUUAGCUGGAAAGCCGAUGGUAAUCGCUAUAUGAUGCUCAUAAUGGAUUCCGAUCAAAUGUAUUUUUUCGAUCGAGAUUAUUCCAUUUUUCAGAUAUUUAAUCUGAAUUUUUUACGUCGAAAUUCAAAAGAACGUUUAACCGAAACUCUAUUGGACGGCGAAAUGGUUGUCGACGUAGUCGAUGGACAGCGUUUUCCUAGAUUUCUUAUCUAUGACAUUGUCUAUUGUGAUGGACAAGAUGUUUCCGAACGAAAUUUUCGUGAUCGUUUGAACAUCAUAUACAAACAGAUCAUUAUGCCUCGUGAAUCAGCCAAACGAAGCGGACAGAUUGAUCGUAGUAAAGAACCCUUUGGUGUGCGAAUGAAAGAUUUUUGUGAACUAAAAAAUACGUACAAAUUUUUUGAGCCAAAAUUUCAACGAGAUUUAUCACAUGAGAUUGAUGGUCUAAUUUUUCAGCCUGUUCAUUUACCAUAUAUAGCUGGUCGUUGUGAUCGAGUGUUAAAAUGGAAACCGCCAACACAUAAUUCAGUGGAUUUUUUACUAAAAAUUGUUGAAGAAACACGGCCUGGACGAGUGGAAAAAUAUCUUGGCCAAUUGUAUGUCGGUGGAAAACGGGAGCCAUUUGCUUACAUAAAUGUUACUCAAGAAUUACGAAAACAUAAUAAUCGUAUCAUUGAAUGUCGAUUUAAUAUGCAAAAAAAUGGUUGGGAAUUUAUGCGUGAACGAACGGACAAAUCCUAUCCUAAUGCCCUAUCAACGGCAUCGAAUGUUGUAUAUUCGAUACAGUAUCCAAUAACAAGGCAAUAUUUACUGGAUUAUCUACAUAAACAUAGCUUUAAAUAAAAAAAAACUUCAAGACUUUUCAUCAAAAAAAUCGCCAUCCAUCAAUUCAUCUUAAUCAUCUUUAUCCGAUUUAUUAUCAGCCAUCAUUUUUUCGUUCAUCUUUUCAUGUGUGAUAUCCAUUCCAACAAAAAAAAAUUUUUUUUUGUCACUUAACUAAUUGUACUUGUAUAAUAAAUAUAUGAAAAAAAUUGAACAUUUAUAUUCAUUGAGA